CGAGGCAAAAUCUCGAUUUAUGGCUAGCCGUGUCGUCUCUAGGCACGUGUUUAUGUUUUUUGUUUUUCUUACAUCUUCAACACCACGCUGCUGCCGAAAUGUUAGCCAAAAAACAAAAAAUGCAAGAGGAAACAGACUCCGAGCCGCUUGUCGCGCCCCACACGAUACAGGCGCGUCUCAUAUCGGACACGGGCGAGGAGGCGGGGCCGCCCAUCGACCUGCCAGCAGGAAUAACAACUCAGCAACUUGGUCUGAUCUGCAAUGCUCUGUUGAAGAACGAGGAGACAACUCCGUACCUGUUCUUCGUUGGCGAGGAUGAGAUUAAGAAAAGCCUGGAGGAAACCCUGGAUUUGGCGUCGGUGGACACAGAGAACGUAAUCGACAUCGUGUACCAGCCACAGGCUGUCUUCAAAGUGCGUCCGGUAACAAGAUGCACUAGUUCCAUGCCCGGUCACGCAGAGGCUGUGGUUUCGCUAAAUUUCAGUCCGGACGGAGCUCAUCUCGCCAGUGGAAGUGGUGACACCACGGUGAGGCUGUGGGAUCUGAACACAGAAACGCCUCACUUCACCUGCACGGGCCACAAGCAGUGGGUUUUGUGUGUGGCUUGGGCUCCGGAUGGUAAGCGCUUGGCCAGCGGUUGCAAGGCAGGCUCCAUAAUCAUCUGGGAUCCGGAGACGGGGCAGCAGAAGGGUCGUCCCCUUAGCGGGCACAAAAAGCACAUUAAUUGCCUCGCUUGGGAACCGUACCAUCGCGAUCCCGAAUGCAGGAAGCUUGCUUCCGCCAGUGGAGACGGCGACUGCAGGAUCUGGGACGUUAAACUGGGUCAGUGCUUAAUGAACAUUGCUGGACACACAAACGCGGUGACAGCCGUGCGCUGGGGAGGAUCUGGUCUUAUUUACACCUCAUCCAAGGACCGCACAGUUAAGAUGUGGCGAGCUGCCGAUGGCAUCUUGUGUCGCACGUUCUCUGGCCAUGCCCACUGGGUGAACAACAUCGCGCUUAGCACAGACUACGUGCUACGCACGGGUCCGUUCAAUCCGGUCAAGGAUCGUUCCAAGAGUCAUCUUAGUCUGAGCACUGAGGAACUCAAGGAGUCUGCCCUGAAGCGCUAUCAGGCCGUCUGCCCUGACGAGGUGGAGUCCCUGGUCUCCUGCUCAGAUGACAACACACUCUAUCUGUGGCGCAACAACCAAAACAAAUGCGUGGAGCGCAUGACCGGGCACCAGAACGUGGUCAACGAUGUGAAAUAUUCCCCGGAUGUGAAGCUGAUAGCGUCAGCUUCCUUUGAUAAAUCGGUGCGUCUGUGGCGAGCACACGACGGCCAGUACAUGGCAACCUUCCGGGGUCAUGUGCAGGCGGUUUACACGCUGGCCUGGUCGGCGGACUCCCGCCUGAUCGUUUCCGGCAGCAAGGAUUCAACCCUCAAGGUUUGGAGUGUUCAAACCAAGAAGCUGGCGCAGGAGCUGCCAGGGCACGCAGACGAAGUCUUUGGAGUGGACUGGGCGCCUGACGGCUCUCGAGUUGCUUCUGGCGGAAAGGACAAAGUCAUAAAGCUAUGGGCCUACUAAACACUUUCUUUGUAUUUACAUAUUAGGAAAACAUUUAGGAAUAAAGAAAAGGUCCAGAGUAAA